AGCGGCGAUCGCCAUGCGCGGCCCGGGGCCCGCGUGCUGCGCGCUGCUCUUCGCGCUGGGGCUGUGCCGGGCGCGACCCCGCAACGUGCUGCUGAUCCUCGCCGAUGACGGAGGCUUUGAGAGUGGCGCGUACAACAACAGCGCCAUCGCCACGCCUCACCUGGAUGCCCUGGCCCGCCGCAGCCUCAUCUUUCGCAACGCCUUCACUUCCGUUAGCAGCUGUUCUCCCAGCCGUGCCAGCCUCCUCACCGGCCUGCCCCAGCAUCAGAAUGGCAUGUACGGACUGCACCAGGACAUGCACCACUUCAACUCCUUCGACCAGGUGCGGAGCCUGCCGCUGCUGCUCAGCCAGGCCGGGGUGCGCACAGGCAUCAUCGGGAAGAAGCACGUGGGGCCGGAGGCCGUGUUCCCCUUUGACUUUGCCUACACCGAGGAGAACGGCUCUGUGCUCCAGGUGGGGCGGAAUAUCACUAGGAUUAAACUGUUAGUCCGGAACUUUCUGCAGACCCAGGAUGACAGGCCCUUUUUCCUGUAUGUGGCCUUCCACGACCCCCACCGCUGUGGGCACUCCCAGCCCCAGUACGGAGCCUUCUGUGAGAAGUUCGGCAAUGGGGAGAGCGGCAUGGGGCGCAUCCCAGACUGGACACCCCAGACCUAUGACCCUCAGGAUGUAAAGGUUCCUUACUUUGUUCCUGACACACCAGCAGCCCGAGCUGACUUGGCCGCGCAGUACACCACUAUUGGUCGGAUGGACCAAGGGAUAGGACUUGUGCUCCAGGAGCUGCAGGGAGCUGGUGUCUUGAACAACACCUUGGUGAUUUUCACGUCGGACAAUGGAAUCCCCUUCCCCAGCGGAAGGACCAACCUGUACUGGCCGGGUGCCGCAGAGCCCUUGCUGGUGUCAUCCCCGGAGCAUCCGCAGCGCUGGGGCCAGGUCAGCGAGGCCUACGUGAGCCUCCUAGAUCUCACCCCCACCAUCUUAGACUGGUUCUCCAUCACUUACCCCCGCUAUGCCAUCUUUGGCUCCAAGACCGUCCAGCUCACAGGUCGGUCCCUCCUGCCAGUGCUGGAGGCAGAGCCCCUUUGGUCGACUGUCUUCGGCAGCCAGAGCCACCACGAGGUCACCAUGUCCUACCCCAUGCGCUUCGUGCACCACCAGAACUUCCGCCUCAUACACAACCUCAGUUUCAAGAUGCCCUUUCCCAUCGACCAAGAUUUCUACGUCUCACCGACCUUCCAGGACCUCCUGAACCGCACCAUGGCUGGCCAGCCCACAGGCUGGUACAAGGACCUUCACCAUUACUACUACCGGGAGCGCUGGGAGCUCUAUGAUGUCAGCAGGGAUCCCUGCGAGACACAGAACCUGGCCACUGACCCACGCUUUGUGCAGGUGCUGGAGACGCUGAAAGCCCAACUGGCUAAGUGGCAGUGGGAGACCCACGACCCCUGGGUGUGUGCUCCUGAUGGCGUCCUGGAGGAGAAGCUGGCUCCACAGUGCCAGCCUCUCCACAAUGAGCUGUGACAGGUCGUGAAGCCCUUGUCUGUGCUCCUCUGCCCAGACACGGAGGGAGGGGCCGGGCCAACAGCCCUUCCAUCAUGCUGCCAUCUUCGGAGGGCUCCUGUGUGAUGUGGGUGUCAUUCCUGUCUCCUGGACUGGAUGCCACCCACGGCCCAUGAUGCCAUCAUACUGGGAACACUGCUGUCCUCAUGUCUGAGCUGUGUCCCAGCACAGGACUUCUAGGGGGAAUCCCUGGGCUUGGAGGAAUCCCCAGCCUUUGAUUUGGGGCAAAUGUGGGGACUUGCACAUGGAGGGAUAAGGAGUGGAGACUUGCCUGUGGGUGUUUCUGAGCUCUUCACCCAAGAGGAGCCUGGGCUGCUGUGUGCCAUGUGGGCAGUGGGAGGGCACACCACACUGGCUCCUUGACCACCCUUGACGUAGGGGAAGCUUUUGUGCUGUCUCGGUUCUAACCCCAAGUCCAGUACCUGCCCACGCAGGGACCUCACUGACUGCAGCCGCAUGGUUAAUUCUGUGUUGUUUUUUUUUUUUUUCUGGACACAGCUUGUCCUUCCUGAGAGCAACAGAGGCCAAAGGGUGACAGGGCCCUUCCUCCUGGCUUAGGUUCCCUCCUCAGGUGAUGUCAGACAUCUAGCCCCAAACCUGCCCUGCACCCAUGGCCCAUGGAGCUGAAGUACAACCUGAACAACCUAGAAAGAGGGGUCUCCUUUCCCCCACCCCCUGUCAUCUCCAUACAGGGGGUGGGAAGGAAGCCAUGAGCCCCAGCAUUGUAAAAGCCUUUUAUUUUAGUCAAAUACACAGAAUUUCACAUUA